AUGCCGUUCACCGCAAGCGACAUCAUCAAGAUCUUCUUCGCCAUCUUCCUCCCGCCGCUAGGUGUCUUCCUUGAGCGCGGUUGCAAUGCGGACUUCUUCAUCAACAUCCUCCUCACAAUCUUGGGUUACAUCCCGGGUAUUAUCCACGCGCUGUACAUUAUUCUGAAAUUCUAAGACGGGGGGAGCGCAGGGGUGGAUGGAGUGAUGACGCCAUGGUGAUGGCAUGAGUGGACGCUAUCGUUCGUCGGGCAUAGAUGUCAAUCUUUCACGACGAUCUGGAGUCU